CACUCUAGAUACUAUAUACCAAACUGAAAAAUAUUUGUUAGAUUUCAGUUUGGGCACUACAAACUUGCAUGCUAAAUAGUGAAAAAACAUGGGUAAUGAAUAUCAUUCUUUACACAUAUUUUUCUUUCCUUUUCUUGCUCAUGGUCAUAUCAUACCAACAGUUGAUAUGGCCAAAUUAUUUGCAGAAAAAGGUGUCAAAGCCACUAUAAUUACUACACUCCUAAAUGAACCCUUUAUCUCCAAGUCUAUAGAAAAAUCCAUAAUUAGUGGCCACAAUAUUCACAUUCAAACUAUAAACUUCCCUUGCAUAGAGGCUGGUUUACCAAAUGGUUGUGAAAAUAUUGACUCAGUCUCAGUCCCUUCACAUGAAUUUUUUUCUACAUUCUUAAAAGCCACAAAUUUGUUACAAGAGCCACUUGAGGAACUACUACAUGAACAACAACCAGAUUGUAUUGUUGCUGACAUGUUUUUCCCAUGGACAACUGAUUCUGCUGCCAAAUUUGGUAUUCCUAGACUUGUGUUUCAUGGGAUUUCAUACUUCUCGUUAUGUGCUACCGAGUGUAUGAGACUCUAUGAGCCUUUCAAGAAUGUUUCUCCUGAUUCCGAACCCAUUGUUAUUCCUAAUCUCCCUGGUGAUAUUAAAAUCACAAGGCUACAGACUCCGCCUAUUGAGGAUUCGAAGGAAUUUGAAGGAAUGGUCAGAUUAAUGCAAGAUAUAAAGGAAUCAGAACUGAAGAGCUUUGGAGUUGUUGUUAACAGCUUCUAUGAUCUUGAAAAUGAUUAUGCAGAUUAUUACAUAAAUGUACUUGGAAGAAAAUCAUGGCAUAUUGGUCCUUUGUGUCUUUACAAUAGGGAUAUGGAAGAAAAAGUAAAUAGAGGAAAAACAGCUUUUGAUCAUGAUAUGUGCUUAAAAUGGCUUGACAUGAAGAAAUCCAAUUCAGUUGUUUACAUAUGCUUUGGAAGUAUAGCAAACUUUCCUAACUCUCAACUUCAAGAAAUUGCUAUAGGACUUGAGGCAUCAGGACAAAAUUUCAUUUGGGUAGUGAGGAAAAGUAAAGAAGAUGAAGAAGAAUGGUUACCUGAAGGAUUUGAGAAAAGAAUGGAGGGAAAGGGACUGAUUAUUAGAGGUUGGGCACCUCAAGUGUUGAUUCUUGAACAUGAAGCAAUUGGGGCAUUUGUGACUCAUUGCGGAUGGAAUUCGGUAUUAGAAGGAGUAACUGCAGGGGUGCCUAUGGUUACUUGGCCUGUUGCGGCGGAGCAAUUUUACAAUGAGAAGUUGGUGAAUGAGGUACUUCAAAUUGGUGUACCUGUUGGUGUUAAAAAAUGGGUUGGAUUUGUUGGGGAUAGUGUUGAAAGGGAUGCUAUAGAGAAGGUUGUGAAGAGGAUUAUGGAAGGGGAAGGAACAAAGGAAAUGAGGAAUAAGGUGAAAGUGUUAUCAGAGUUAGCAAAAAGGGCAAUGAAAAAAGAAGGAUCAUCUUAUUCAAAUUUGAAUGAUUUAAUAGGGGAGUUGGGAUUGAUUAGGAAUUGAAAUACCACACAAAAAUGUUAUUACUAUGUAUAUGUUCCAUUUAUUUCUUCCUAUGAAGAAAUUGCUUUAUUAUGUAACUGAUAUCAAGAACAAAAAUUAAAAAUUUCAUUCGAAAUUAAUGCACACAAAUUAUUAAAAUAAUUUCAA